CAGCGAUUAAACAGCACAAGAUAAGACAAUCCAAAAACCCCAUCCGUAUUUACAAUGACAGCCCCAAGAGGACGUCUCCAUGGCAAGAAUGCCAUCGUUACCGGUGCUGCAGGUGGCAUCGGCCUUGAAACCAGCAUUUUAUUUGCCCGCGAAGGCGCCUCUGUCUUGAUGGCUGAUAUCUCCGAGCCGGCUUUGGAAAAGGCCAUCGCCAAAGUCAGAGUAGCGGUCCCCAACGCUCCUAGGUUAGAGACGGUGAAGUGUGACGUAUCCAAGGAGUCGGACGUCCAGGCGAUGGUUGACAGGCUAGACUCAUGGGGAGGGUUGGAUGUCAUUUUCAACAAUGCUGGUAUCAUGCAUGCUGACGAUGCCGACGCUGUCGAUACACCAGAGAAGAUCUGGGACCUAACACAUAACAUCAACGUGAAGGGUGUGUGGUAUGGAUGCAAGCAUGCCGUUCUCAGCCUGAGAAGGAAUAAAAAGACGAAAGGCAGCAUUAUCAACACUGCGAGUGUUGUUGCCUUAGUGGGAAGUGCAACUCCUCAGCUAGCGUAUACUGCAAGCAAAGGCGCUGUUUUGGCCAUGACGAGGGAGUUGGCUAUCGUCCAUGCCCGGGAGGGAUUCAGAUUCAAUGCGCUAUGCCCCGCACCUCUGAACACCCCUCUUCUCCAGGACUGGCUCGGAGAUGACGCACACAAGCGUAUGAGACGGGAGAUCCAUUUCCCCACGGGUCGCUUCGGCGAAGCCGUUGAGCAGGCACAAGCCGUGCUGUUCCUUGCCAGUGACGAGAGCAGUUUCGUCAAUGGUUCCGAUUUUGUGGUCGAUGGUGGUAUGACGAAGGCCUAUGUGACACCAGAGGGGCCCCCAACGGAAGCUCCAAAGAGCCUUGCCUCGUGACCGGCUUAAAGGUGUUUCGGGAAAAUGGGUAGCUAAUUAGAAUGGUCCGUUGCCGCGAAGCCCA